AUGCCGCCCAAAUCCAAACUUUCGUUGGCCAUAGCGAAUGCAGACCUCAACGUGACGGAGGGCUUCGAAUUCAGCCUGUUUGGCAAAGGGAAUCGUGCGGAGAGCGGGUCCCAGCCCCACAAGCAGCAGCUGCACAACCACCAUCACAGCCACCACCACCACAACCACCACAAGCGGCGCGAGGACUCCGACACUUCAUUUUCGCUGUCAGAUGAAGAUGAGCCCAAUAACGAGGAGGACCGCGACGACUACGUGCCGGGCGGGUACCAUCCGUGCUUUAAGGGAGAGACAUACCGCGACGGACGCUACACGUUGUUGCGCAAGUUGGGCUGGGGGCAUUUUUCCACCGUCUGGCUAGCGCGCGACAAUGAAAAGAACCGCCAUGUCGCGAUGAAGGUUGUGCGCAGCGCGCGCCACUACACCGAAACGGCGCUCGACGAGAUCAAGCUCUUGGAAAGAAGCGUGACAUCCGACCCGCACCACCCAGGUCACCGCCAUGUAUUGGACCUCCUCGACACGUUCUACCACCUGGGGCCCAACGGGCGCCAUGUAGUGAUGGUGUUUGAGGUGCUAGGCGAGAACCUCCUCGAGUUGAUUCGCCUCUACCGCCACCGGGGGAUCCCGCUCGCGUACGUCAAACAGAUUGCGAAGCAGUUGUUGGUCUCGCUCGACUUUUUACACCGCGUAUGUGGGAUCAUCCAUACGGACUUGAAGCCGGAGAAUGUGUUGAUCGAGAUUGGGGACGUUGAGCAGAUUGUGAAUACCAUCACGGUUCAGGAACAGGAGGCGAAGCUCCAACGCCGCUUGUCGCGGAAGUCCAAGGAAGCGUCGCCGGUUGCCAUCGCGACACCCGACUUUUCCAUCGAUUCGCCGAUUCUCAGACGUCCCAGACGCCACACUCUCAUUAUCGGCUCACAGCCUUUGCCCUCUCCGUUGCAGUCGUUCCGGCAGGCACCACUCGUGCGGGCCAACUCCAUGGCCUCCGGGUCGCCAAUGGUGAACAUGGCUAACCAGAUUCCUAUUCCGACGGCCCACGACACCACCGACCCGACCCUCGAGUCGUCUCUCACUUCCAUGUCCAUCACAGAUAGCCUUCCGGAACAGCUUGAGCCCUCGCCGCUCGCAGCGUCCGAGGAGGCGCAGCUCAGCGUGAAGAUCGCGGACCUCGGCAACGCGUGUUGGACAAAGAAACACUUUACCAACGACAUCCAGACGCGGCAGUACCGCUCACCCGAGGUGUUGUUGGGCGCUGCGUGGGGUUGCUCCGCGGACGUGUGGUCAUUCGCAUGUUUAAUCUUUGAGCUCAUUACCGGCGACUAUCUCUUUGAUCCGCAUUCGGGCAACUCCUACGGAAAGGACGACGACCACAUUGCGCAGAUCAUUGAGUUGAUGGGCCCAAUCCCUGACAACUUGUUGAACACAGGAAGACACGUGCGCGAGUUCUUCAACUCGCGCGGCCAGUUGCGCAAAAUCUCCAAAUUGAAGCCGUGGGGCUUGCAGUUGGUGUUGACAGAAAAGUACAAGUUUAGCGACCUUGAUGCAGCCGAGAUUACCGACUUCCUUUCGCCGAUGUUGAACUUGUCCCCCGAGAAGCGUGCGGACGCAGGGGGGAUGGUGAACCACCCAUGGUUGAGCGACGCGAUUGGCUUGGAGAAUGUAGUUUUGGAGCGGCCAUUGGCGGGUUCGGGCGAGGAUAUUGAGGGGUGGUCGAAGGAGGUGAAGUAAACCCUGAAAGCGUGGUUCCCGUUGCUGUUUAUGGAUUUUCAGUCUCUGGAUUCCGGGUAGUUAUGUGGCCGCUCCCUAUUCUUUGUGAAUGUUCUCGUUGCCGGGCGUAUCUUGUAUUUAUAAUUGUAUUCUUUGUAUUCUAUUGUUUUAUAUCUGCAUUCUCAUUUCAGUGCCAACUGUAUUCGUCGUUCCCUUCCCUUUUGUCGUUAGCAUAAUCUGGGGUGGAUGAUACAACCUGGUUCUGCUCUAUAUCAGAGGGGUCCGUCAGCGGGGAUUGCUUUCUGGUACAGAUGAAUUGUGAAAGAAUGGUCAGGUAGGGGCGAAUAGCAAAAACCAAGCUCGACUUUUAUUAAAUAUUGGGUUAAUCUGGUAUCUGAAACUGUUAUAUGGUUGCUUUAGCUUGUUUUAGUUGUGAACCCUUUUUGGUGUAUAUAUUCCUUAUUAGUUAAAGGUUCAGUCUAGGUUAGUCUGUUGAACGAGC